UAGAGAAGGAAGGAAGGAGAGAAGGAAAGAAAAAAAGGGAUGGAAGGAAGGAAAGGGAGUGAAGGAAGGAGGGAAAGAAGGAGAGAAAGAGGGAGGGAAGGUUGGCCACAGCAACGUGUGGUGGGGUACAGCUAAAAUAAAUAUAGUGUCCCUACUUCGCCGAUUUUCACUUUUCGCAGAUGGUCCUGGAACGUCACACCCGCGAUAAAGGAGGGAACACUCUAUUAUUAUUAUUAUUUGACAGGUGCCUCAAAAGCGUGUAUACGCACACCCCGUCCUCUAAAGCGAACCAGAGUCAUAUGGUAUAGAUGGGAGCAUACCUUUAAUGUCAAGGGAGGGCUGGCCUUUGGAAAUGGAAAAUGACACCAUUGCUGACACACAAUGUGACGCGUCUACACCCCAAUCCCCAAAUUUGGAGUCGGCCUUUGGCUUCCUUGGCCGGCUCUGACUCACCUCGGGGUCUGGAAGGAGCCUCUUGACUCAGCCCCCAACGCAGCAGGAUAUAAAUAAAGCGCAUUAAACGACAACCAAUCCCCGCAGCCUAUCUUUAGGCACGACUCAGGGGCGGGAAGUAUUUCAGGGACGCGCCGGCACCGCUCUCCAUGUGGAUCUCGUUUCUUUCCCCUAGUUUCCUCGAAGGCGGCGGCGUCGGCAGCGGGAUCGACGACAGCCCUUCCACUCCCUUUGCAGAGUUCUGGGACCAGUUGGACCGCUCGAUGGUCUUCCCGUUGCUGAGUGGCGGGGGAGGCCUGGAGGCGGCGGAGGGGAGCGGCCCCCGGGAGAGCGAGCGGGGACCCCCGGCCCACCCCACCGACCUCUGGGGCCCCGGGCGGCCCCCCCGGCUCCCCGUGGCACGACGCUACCGGGCACGCUACAGCUCCCGCCCUGAGAGGUCGCCCGCCAUCGAGGGGUAAGGACAAGCUUGCCUACAUCUGGACCCAUACAUACCAGUUCCCCUUGCCUCCAUUCCGAACCCCACCAAUGGUGCAUCUGGACCAAACUUGACACCCAGACCCAACAUGGCUAAAUUUGCACACUGGCGGGGUUUGCGGGUGGGUGAUUGACCCACAUCCUUAGCAGACAAUGCAUUUUUCAACUAACCUGGGCAUCGGUGGUGUUUGGAGUCAAUUUCUGACGGCAUGGAGACAUCACAAAUUCCCUCCGUGACCUCCUGACUGAAUCAUCCUGGCUGCCUCAGUUUUCUCUCUGUGACAUUUUGAAGCCAGAAGAGGGCACUGGAAACCUUGUAUUGGAACGUGUGAAGA